CAAGGCCAGGUCCAAGUCCAGGCCCCGGCCCCGGUCCCAGCCCCACCCUUCCGAAACUCCCAGUCUGGAAUGGAGAAUCAGAUCCGAUUUUCUUCACGUUGUCUGCCCCAGACCUCAGGGACACUACGCUUGUUGCACGGCAAUCUCCUCCACCUACCACAGAUGCCAUCGCAAUCGACGUCAAUGAUUACGAUGAUCACGAGCGAAUGCCCGCGACCGGGUCAAAUAACCACCGAGAGAACAUCGAGGAUUUCAGCGACCAGAUCCAAUUUCCCGACAUCAACGAACUGCUUGAACGUCCGAGACCCCCACCGACGGCCGGCACAUUCUCCAGUCGUACGGCGGCUCUACUCGCCAACCUCGAGCGACCACAAGGCGGUAGUGCCACGGGCAGUACUUCCACAACAACGACAGCAAGCAGACGGCGCAAGAAAGAUCGAGCUACGGAGGACACCAUCGAAGAUGACGAUGAAAUGGAUGAUCCAGCCACUACAGCAACCACCGCCCGGGGCAAAUCCCAACGCAAAACCACCGCCACCACACGCACCACCGGCACCGGCAAGGACGCCAAAGCCCGGGAACGCGAGGCGGCCAAGGCGCAGCGCGAACAGGAGCGGCAGCGGGAGAAGGAGCGCAAGCAGAGACUCAAGGACGAGAAGGCCCGGGAGAAACAGCUUGCCGCCGACAUCGCGGAGGUCAAUAAACUGAAAGUCACGAAAAAGGAGUCGACGCCGGAGAUGAUGAUCGACCUCGCCUCGACGUUUGAAGGGACGAGUGUCGGAAACCAGAUGACGGAGUUCAUGAAGCAUCUCGGGGUGGAACAGUCGUUCUUCGCCAGUGCAAUCCCCAACGUCGUGCGAUGGCGCCGCAAGGUCAAAGCGACCUACAACGAAGCCCUUGGGUACUGGGAACCCUGCGCGCCGCACAUCCGCGACGAGGACGAGCAUGUGCUCUGCCUCGUGCCGGCGCAGGAGUUCGUCGACAUGGUCUUGGCGCCAGGUACUCCGGACACAACCCUCGAGCAACACAUCCAGACGCUGAAAACCACCUACCCCAACCGCACCCCGAUCUACCUGAUUGAAGGUCUCACCAUCUGGCUACGCAAGAACAAAACCUCCCGCAACAGAGCCUACGUAGCCGAAGUCCGUCGCCAGUACGACAAGGCCGCAGCGGCAUCAGCAGCAGCAUCCAGCAACCCCACCACCACCACAACAACAACAACCACCCGCCGCACCCGCAAGAAACAACCGGCCAACAAACCCGAAACCACCCCGCCCAUCGACGACGACACGAUCGAAGACGCCCUCCUCGACCUCCAAGUCACCCACGCCUGCCUGAUCCACCACACCGCCGCGCCCGCCGACUCGGCCGAGUGGAUCAAGAACUUCACCGAGCACAUCUCGACGGUCCCCUACCGGCGCGAGCGCAUGGCCGCCAACGACUCGGCCUUCUGCAUGGACGUCGGCCAGGUGAAGCCCGGCGAGAACCGCUCCGACACCUUCGUCAAGAUGCUGCAGGAGGUCAACCGCAUCACCGCCAGUAUGGCCUACGGCAUCGCCGAGCGGUACCCGAGCGUGCUGGACCUGGUGCAGGGGAUGCGUCGCGAGGGGCCGGGCUUGUUGGAGGAUGUCAAGGUAUGUUUCCCUCUCCCCCUCCUCCUCCGUAUUGCGGUGUGGUGUAUGAGCCUUGUGGCUUUUUGGGCAAAUGUGGACAUGCUGACGUUACGGGUUGUUUACCAGAAAUCCGCGAAUAAGAACGGCGCGCUGACAGAUUCGCGGAUCGGGCCGGCGGCUAGUCGGCGGUUGUAUAAGGUGUUUAUGGGGAUGGAUCCUUCGUCUACGGAUGUCUGAUCCGCUAACCAGUUGUUGGAGGCGAUUGGCUAGGGCUCGGUACUGGGGGUUUACCUAGUUGGGUGGUUGCGCGUUGUGCAGUGCUAAUCUGUACCCCCUAGGUGGACUAGGGUAUUGUGAGCAUUAUUAGAUUUUCCUUCUGGUUGGCGUGGCGUUUGCAUGGACGAUG